UGGCGGCUCCCAUGAAUGUGAUGAAAUGUGUGUUACCACGUUUAUGAUCAAAUCGGUUUACGCUUAUAACAGCAUCGACUAGCAAGCUAUGGAUGGGAAAAGCAGCACCAAAAAAAAAGGAAAAACGGCUAAAACACGUCGUGAAACUGCGGUUCAGGGCACAAACGAUCACAGCAUUGUCAGCAAGUGUUCAAUGGCAGGCGCGGGUUAUUUUCAAGAUGAUUUUCUCAAAUUCUUUGUGGCCAAGACAUCAAGGAGAGCUCCACUAAUUCACAGGGGCUACUACAUUCGCGCGAAGACUGUGAGUGUUAUUGUAAAUGAAUUCCUUCAGCGUCAUGGCUCAAAACCCAAACAGAUUGUCUCCCUUGGAUCCGGGUUCGAUUCUGCAUAUUUCCGAAUGAAAUCAGCUGGACAACUACAAAAUGCAAUGUAUAUCGAGAUUGACUUCCCAGAGGUUGUGAAACGAAAGAAUGCGAUUAUCAAAAACACCAGUGAACUGAGUGACUUGCUUGGUGAAGAGCUGACUCUCGAGGCAACAUCUCCACAUAUAGAGAUCAAUCGUCAUGACUACAAGAUGCUCGGGGUCGACCUAACCCAGCUGAACACCCUUGAAGCAGCUCUGCGUUUGUGUCAGGUGGACUUCGAUGCCCCGACUCUUCUGCUGUCUGAAGUCGUCCUCACAUACAUGACCCGUCGAUGUGCCUCUGCUGUUGUGAAGUGGGCAGCCGAGACGUUUUCAGACGGUGCCUUCCUAAUUUAUGAACAGAUUAACCCCAACGAUCCAUUUGGUUUGUUCAUGCAAAAGCACUACAAAGUGAUUGGGUCUCCACUGAAGUGUAUCAACGCCUUCCCUACCCUGCAGUCACAGGUGGACAGGUUUGUGUCACUGGGCUGGAACUGGUGUGAGGCGUAUGACAUGAACCAAUUCUACAAGGACCUAGUGGGUCAGAAAGAGAAGGUCUACAUCAACAGCCUGGAGCCAUUCGAUGAGUACGAAGAGAUGCACCUCAAGUGUUCCCAUUACUUUGUGCUAUGUGCCUACUCCACACCCCGAGUUGGUCUGCUUCAGGAAAACAGAAUCAUGCAAGUUUCAGCUGAUGAUUCAUAUUCCAAAUCAAAACCAGAAAAUGUUCCUGAGUUAGUGAAAGUUCUCCCGCCUAAAGAAGACUCUAACGCAGAAACCAGUUCCAUCAAGCGAUUCAGCCACACCAGCUCCAGAGUGGACGAGCACUUCAUUGCCACAGUUGGAGGAUUUGGAGAACAAGAUGGCCGCCACCAGCGAAUCUCUGAAGUCAAGAUGACAAACGUGGAAACACUGAAUGGCUAUUCCAUAAAGACAAACAAUGAGACUCUUGAAAUGGCUCGAAUGCAUCACAGCUUGGAUGUUUUGGAAGACGGAACUCUGGUAUUGUUUGGUGGCCGAAUCUCUCCCUACCGUCUGUGCUCACAGCUUAUUAAGCUCAAACUGACCGCAACGAAGAAGGAUUCAAAUUCAAGUUUGAAUGAAACUGAAACGGGUGUUGUGUCAAAUGCACAAACUGAUUUAGUCAACAAAUUAGCUACCUGUGAUAUUGAUACUGGAAACAUUUGUUCAAAAGCAAAUAUACAGAAAGCUAGCUGUGAUACUUCUGGUGGCGCAUGUGUUACAGAGGAUACAGAUUUGCAGCCACCAGCUGUACCUCAUAACAUGGACCACAAGUCUGAUGUAAAUAGUGACAAUGAACCACAGUGUUUGAAAGAAGAGGACAAAAUGUCUAUAAGCGAUUCUGUCCAUCAUAAAAAGAGUAAAAAGGGUGCGAGAAUCCAAAAGAAGGGGGGGCAUCCAAUAAAGAAGGGGGGUAACUCUAAAAAUGUUAACUCAGAAGUGGAGAAGGGAGAUAACUCAUGUAGGGACUGGAGUUUUGACAUGGAGUCCAGUGUUCUGGAACAGAAGGGAGAUGUGCCAUGCCUGAGAUGGAGACAUGCCACAACAAGAGUCACUAUCAAAGGUGAAGAGAUGGUGCUGUUGUAUGGAGGCCGGAACUCCACAGACGCUGCCCUCCAAGACUGCUACUUGUUGAAUCCGAAGACAGGAGUCUGGAAACAGGUGGACCUUGAAGGGGAGAACCCUGGGUGUCGUCAGUCCCACACCCUCACAUCCUGGGGGGACAAGAUGAUCCUGUACGGGGGACUGAAUGAGUUCCUCCUCCCCCACAAUACAGUGUACUGUCUGGACCUACCCACCCUCACAUGGAAGAGAAUCUCGGUCACUGGCGCCCUCCAGCCGAGGUAUUCGCACACAUGUCAUGUGACAGACAACAUGUUGGUGGUGAUUGGUGGAGUCAAUCUAUCCCAUGGUACACCUGGAGUGGCUCUCCUCGAUCUCCACACAGGGAAGUGUGUGGAGUAUGACCUGCCAAGUGCUGAGAAGGACAACCUGAAAAUGUUCCACAAGCAUUCCAGUGUCAGUAUAGCUGAUGGGCAGUUUCUCAUCAUCGGAGGCGGGGGAAACUGUUUCUCUUUUGGUUCACAUCUCAACGCCUCGCCGUUUCUCCUGGAUAUAAGUCUGUGCCUGCAACACUUCGUGCAGAAUGCCUGAACAGAAGUGCCACAGUGGAAACUGACACAACAUUAAUUUCCGGUGGCCAUUAGCAGAAUGUUACACAUGACAAAGGAAUGAGGGUCUUGAUGGGGGUGGGGUGGGGGGUGUCACAGUUCAGUAGUCUGUAAAAUUUGGA